AUGUGCCAGCGAAUUAUGAUUGCGCCAGAAGACGAUGGCGGUGCAAAACUCGAAGCUUCGGAAUUCGCCUCUCUCGUUCCGACUUUGGCCGGACCGAGCAACUGGAUCCAGUGGCGCAAUCAUUUCAAGCCCGUGUAUCUGCUUGCCACCAUGGAUCCCGAGCCGGCUAGUCACAUCGUUAACAUUGCCCUCGCGAAGGAUAUCUGGUCCGCGAUGAAUGAUUUCUACCGCAGCGAAAACGCAACGGCGAACGUGUGCCAUCAGUGGCGCCGGUGGACCAGCCUUCGAUUCAGAUGCGCCUUGGAUGACCUGCGCGAGCUCAAGAUUGAGGUUCCUCCUUCUGUGGUGCUUGCUCUCCAGAGACCAAGGGCUACAGUGAGCACAUGA